CACACACCCGCAGAUCCCCGCUCGUGCACUCGCAUUCAUCUUGUUCCGGUUCUGAUUCGGUCAUGGUUCUGACUCCAUCCAACAAGCCGCGGCUCUUCCGGUUGGUGCUGUCGAACCCCCUCCGCCCCUUUUACAGCAGCGGGGACAAAGUGUCCGGGCUCGUGCAGCUGGAGGCGGCCGCCCCCUGCCGGCUCGCGCGCCUCCGGGUCACGGCCGCCGGCUGCGCGCGCGUGGAACGCCGCGGGGGAAAGAACCGGCGCCGCGUGCAGGAGGUGGAAUACCUGAGGUGUGAAGAGGACCUGCGGCUGGAGGAGGAGCUUAGUGCAGACUCAGAGAACUGCUUCCUGCUGCCCCCUGGAAAAACCUUCUCCUUCCUGUUCGGCUUUGAGCUCCCGCCUCCCGGGCGCCUGGUGUCGUCCUACAGGGGGAAGUUUGGCUCGGUACGGUACCACAUUUUCGCGGAGCUGCAGCGGCCUAACCAGCAUGCAUUGCACUGUGAGCAGGAGUUUGAGGUGCAGGAGCCAGUGGAUGUCAAUCAAACCCACCUGCUGAGCCCGGCUGCUGCCUCCACGCAGAAGAAGGUUACCUGCAUGUUCAUACCUGACGGACAGGUGUCCAUCAGGGCUCAGAUUGACAGGACGGGGUACUGUGAGGGCGAGGGCAUCCAGAUUCAUGCUAGCUUUGAGAACACCUGCUCUCGCAUUGUUGUCCCGAAGGCCGCCAUCAUCUGCAAACACUCCUACGCCGCCAACAGCUGCACCAAGGAGUGGCGCCAAAAGCUGUCCGCGGUUCGAGGGAACCCCAUCAUCUCCGGCAUGGGUGACAUGUGGCAGGGGAGGAGCAUCAGGGUCCCCAAACUCCAGCCCACGCUGCACGGCUGUGACAUCAUCAAGGUGGAUUAUGCACUCAUGAUCUACCUGCACAUUCCUGGGAGCGAGAAGCUGAGCCUGGAGCUGCCCCUGGUGAUCGGGACCGUCCCGUUCAGCAGGACCAGCAGCAUCAGCAGCCAGGUGGGCUCCACCUGCAGCUGGACGUCCUUCCCGUCGUCCCCGCCGAGCUACAGCAGCUUCCAGCACACGCCGCUGCUCCACGACUAUGACGGCGAUGAGGACGACCACCAAGACAGCGGGCUCUUUAUGAGAGCCCCUGAAGUCUGCUACCCGCCCCCCCCUUCCUAUUUGAAGGUGAACCACAGCCUUCCGACCCCCCCACAGGAGCUUCCAGUCUUUUGAAACAGCCCUAGGAUCCUCCCACCACCAUGACAUCACUGACCUUUUGGGGGAGGGUCUAAACCUGAGGAUAAUCUGUCCGUCAUUCCACGCUUUUGUUUGAAGAUUUCCUGCACUUCUAUUCAUGACUCAGCAGUUUUUUCCUUCACUUCUGUGACUCAGCAGUUUGUUUUUUAUUUCUCUGCAUGUUUCACAUGUGAUACAAACUUUUCGGUGUUUUAUUGACUUGUAUAAGUGAGACAGCAGGACGUUCCAGUCUGUAAAUAAGGUUUUUGUAUUUUUGUAUUCUGGAAUAAAGCCGUUUGGCCCCCCCCAUUCUCUUUCACUGCAUGGCGUACGCGGGACGGGGUGCGCGGUGGAGCAGUGGUUAGCACCUUGGCCUCACAAUGAGAAGGUUCAAAUCCGGGCGCUCUCAUCCGCCACCCAGGCCAGGGCCAGCAGGACCCCCACGGGGCCCCCAGAGAGCGGAGAGGCAUGGGGGGGGGGACAGAGAGUGCAGGCGCCAGCCCAACCAGUGGAACAGCCCCCCCGCCACGAGGUCCCGCCCCCGGAGAGCACCCCCACCACAGGGACACGGACACCCCCAGGCUCAGGUGUGAUGUGAUCCCCGGCCCCCGUCUUGCCAGGCCCUGGUGCCCCCUCCAGGGAUGGGGUAGGGGACAGAUGGUCAGAGGUCCCACCUUCCUUGUGUGUGUGUAGGAGUGUAUAUUGUGAGGGGUGAAGGGUGUGUGUACCAAAGGGUGCAGUUAAAACCGGUGGGUGGGGCUCUGAGAGGAUUGCUGGAAGUGAUGUCCAAGCACCCCCCCCCCCCCCCCCCAAGGGUCAGUUCAAACUGCUGUUUGCAUUUUUCAACAAACCCUGAAAUGAUCCACAAAUCCUCAGAGGAACGUCUGAGACGUGGAUUCAGAGUUUGAGUGUGAGAAUCUAUUCAUUUCAGAUCUAAUACAAAUGUGGAAACAUUCAAACAGGUUUUCCUCUUUUCUAUGAACCAUUAUCAAAGAAGAAGUAAUUGAUCUGUUUGAUGAUCAGCAGUUGAAGAAUGAAUGUGCUGCAACUUUGUCUUUUCUGUUUCAGCUUCUUGGAAUAAACAUUCAACAAA